UCUUGGAAUGAAGCUCUGAGAACGAUUAGAAUUCUCAUUAUUCAUUACACCUACAGCUACUACUCUUUUCAAAAUCCUUCAUCUUUCAAAGUCCUCUGACCACAUUUCCCUGUAAUUCAGACCACCACACCCAUUCAGCAACAAAAUGGGUCGGAAAGCCCGAGUAUCAAAGGAGGAACUCAUCUCUCGGAGACUUUGUAGCUUAGACGCCUUACCAGACGAGCCACCGUCUGUAGAUUUUCAACCACCGGUGCUGCCUGAAGUGCAAACAAUUGCUGCUGGAGGAACUGUUUUUCCCGACACCUCACGUCCUGCUAAGAAAAAGCAGAAGCUGAAAUAUCCUACUGCCUUUAUUCGAAGAUCUCCACGGAUCCAGAGCCCUUUCAGAAACCUAGAAAUAGAACCUAUUAUUGAAGAGAUAAUCAUCAGUGGAAGUCAGGAUGAUGUUGAGCCAUUGCUACAAGAAGAGAACAAAUCCAACGAGGAGGCAUCUGAUGAAACUCGAAGGUCUUCUGAGAAGGAUGAUCCUUAUGUAGGAGAUGUUAACUACAAAACCAUGUACAUAUCCUCCCAGAAAAAGAUUGAGGCUUUACUGGAGGAGAAUAAGCAGUUGAGUAAGGCUUUGGAUCUUGCUAAUGGAACGAUCGAUAUGCUUGAGAAGCAAAACAAUAUUUACUCGGAAGUUAUGUCUAUAAUUGGAAGCUUAUCUAGAGCUAACGAGAACCUUGCUGCUCGAGUGAACCUUGGUCAUCCUACUGGUGAUUGUGAAGAUGUUGAAGGAAGGAACUCUAAGAAGAGGAAGAAGAGUGUGUAACGUUCUCACUGAAUUCAUAUUUGCUGAGAAGAAGUUGAACUCUAAGAACUGGAAUACUAUUAACACUCUGUAGUAACUUCUGAUGCUGUCAUACUUUUGGGUGAAAUAUUUUGUGCAGCUCCUUAUAUAAUCACUAAUAUUAUGCUGCUUUAACAGUUAACAUGA